AAAAAAUCAAUAGUCGCCGCCAUAUUUUUUCACUUUACUCGGACGCGUUUUUAUGUUUAGGUAACUGCAAAAAUAGUUUACCGACAAAGAAAAGUGGUAAAAUAGUGGUAAAAGAGCGGCAUAUAAUACAAAACUAUUGUUAAUGAUUUGUAUGGUUUAAUAAUUCGUGAAAACUAAAAACGACAGCGUGUGUGCGCGUCCGAGUGUAGUCUGUGUGUAUGUGUUGGUCUCUCAGUAUUGCGGGCUGUGUAAAAUAAUUAAAAGUAGCAUUGCCAUUGUUAUAACCUCAGCUAGAGCAUGGAAGGAGCUGCACAAGUAGCGGCCCCCCCGGUAGGUGGGCCACGUGGCGGUGGUUACAGAGGCCGCGGCGGAGGCCCACCCAUGCGUGGUGGUUUCGAGCGGGGACGUGGACGGGGCAUGGGUCGCGGUCACUUUAUGGGUGGCAUGCGCGGUGGUGGCAUGGGCGGCGGUGGGCCGCCUAUGCAGGGUAUGAUGCAAGGACCUCCACGCGGCAUGCGUCCUCGAGGCGGACUGGGCUAUCAAGGCCGGGGUGGCGGCGGUUUUCAACCACGCGGUGCUCCAAUGGGCAUGCGAGGCGGACGCCCACCAAUAUACCAACAGCCGCCCAAACAGCACACGGGCGCCGAUAACAACAAGACUGUAUCGCCGGUGCCCACAGCUGCAGCAGCUGGUGAGCAGCAGACAGGCGAAGCAGCAGGUGAAGAUGGUACAGAUGCAGCAACGGCCGGCACAGGCACGACAGCGGUUAACUCACACGUGGCGAGCGGUGCGCCUGGCAGCAAUAGUAGCAACGGUGGAGGACCGCCUCCAUAUAUUAGUCGAGGUCGAGGUCGCGGCGGUCCAUUCAGCGGUCGCGGACGAGGCGGGGGUUACAAUCCACACAUGAACGGCAGCGGGGGCAAUGGCAUGUAUCCGCACUCACAUCAUGCUAGCUCCAUGGGCGGACCAGGAGGCGAUCAUGGAGGAAUGCCUCGUCGCGGCUCUAUGCGCGGACGCGGCGGUGGUUACAAUCAAGGUAUGAGUCGGCCACCCAUGCAACAUCACCAACAGGCACAUAAUGUCAAUACACAAAUUGCACCGGUACCAGCUCUCAAACGCGGCGCACCCGGAGGUCCAGGCCCCAAACGUGGACGAUACGAGGGCGGACCCUAUAGCCAGCGGCCUAUGACACCAAAGUAUCAUUCGGCAUCCCAGCAUAUGCCCCAAACAACAUAUGGCUCACCGCCCAGUCAUCACGCGCCAGCGCCAAGUCAUCAUGGUGGCUAUCAGACGCACGACCAGACACAGCAGGUCGAUCCAUAUGCUCAGAGCGGCUACAGUGCUUCGGCAACUACUCAGCAAGGCUACAAUGGCUAUGGUCAGAGCAGCGGCUAUACAGCACACACAACCCAGUCGACCACACCAGCCAGCAGUAGCUAUGCGUCGCAUCAUGGUACCGAAUACGAUCAGAGUCAAUAUCAGGGUUACAACUCCACGGGAUAUGCCACCCAGCCGGACACGCGCUAUCAGCCAUAUAGCCAAGACUAUAGCCAGCAGUAUGGCUCGGCUGCCGUUGAUUACAAUUCAGCUGGCCAGGCGGAUUACAGUCAGCAGAGCGCUGGUUACGAUGAACGCGCCUAUGCCGGUUAUGAUUCGCAGGCAUAUUCGCAGAAUUAUUCAAAUGCAGCUGCCUAUUACUAAACUAGAGUCUGCCGCAUCCCUCGAAUGGCGAUACCCAUCAGUGAAGAACGCUGCGCGUGCUCCAACACGUAUGCCAAAAACCAAAACAAGGGAUUAGGGCUAACGAGCAUAACCAUAUGAAUGUUUAAUGCAAAAAUUUGCUUGCUAUAUAAAUUAAUACGUACACGUAGACACACAUACCCACAAACAUUGAAAACACACACACAAUUAGUCUUAAGCAUAAAGUUCUCUUUUCCUAGCGUUUAAGUUGAAACGUGUUGCUACGUCUUGCUUUUCAUCUCCCUAUCUAUCCUAUCCAAUUUUCCGAAACCUUUGUGUUUGUUUGUCUUUGCAAUACCCUAUCACUGUGACUGGCAAGAAGAUUGUAUCGCCUGUUGUUAAAUGUUUUGUUAGUGGACAAAUGGAGCCUUGCAUCGCUUUAAGUGCUCCCGCCAAUAAAUCGGAUUAUGUAUAUUUCUUUAUAUUUUACAAAUAUUUUUCAAUUUAUCUACUUGAUGAAUGCGAUCCAAAAGUAAAUCAAUAUUGUGAAUCAUGUCAUAUUGUAUACAACAAUUGCAAUGUGUAAAUUUUAGUUUUAAAUCAAUCUGCUAUUAGGCAAAACAUCUCUUUACAAAUUGAAACUUUUGUUUAUUUCUAAUUUUUUUAAUAUAUCUUAAAUAACUGAAAAAAUUAACUAAGAUUUCCCAAAUAUUAUUUGUUUCUUAAAUCUACUGACGUGAAAAAGAACGCAAUUAUAAUUUCUUUUCCUAAUAAUAGCAACAAUUUAAGCUACAAAAUCGUAAUUAUGUAACUUUUAUUCAUUAAGCUGAGCAAAACAAAAGGAAAAAAAAAACAAAGAAAUACACAACAAUUUAUUAGCAAAACAAAGCAAAAAUCUUAAAAUUUAUCAAAGUCAAUAAAAUAAUGUUCAAAAAUGUGUGUAAUGCAUUAAACUUA